AUGGCUUCGCAGCGGGUUUGCUAUUGGCAGCCUUCGUGGGUGAUUUCCUCCAAGAUCACUGGACAUGUUAAUCAUCAAAAUCCAUUCGAGAAUGUCGGCUAUAUUGCUCGGACAAUGUCGCGCAACACCACGGCAAAGCUAAUGCCGUUCGCUAUCCAUAUCACCUUCAUCCUGCUUGCCUCGGUGCUGUUUGCAGCUUUGAUCUACAUGACUCUCUAUCACAUAAUCCACAACUUUGACGGAGAAAGCACUCCUUCAUCGUUCCCAGCGGUCAGCAAGAAUCUUCGUUACAGGCAAAGUUCUCGCGUUAUCAAUCCAAAGCGCGCCGCAGAUAUCAUGACGAUCGGCAAUCUCGCGCCACUUGCUGAAGCCGUCUUAAUUCGAGGCCGUGCGUUUAAUAUCGUUAUCUUCGGUAUUUUUGGGGUCAUGGUGUCCUGA